AUGAGUUCCCUUUGGGGAAGACUUUUCUGCCUUCCUGUGAGAAAUGCAGCGCGGGCUCAGCGUGCCAGCAAGAAGCACUGGUGCCGGGUGUACUGGGCCAAGAUAGUGAAGGAAGAGUGGGCGAACCUGGAGAACGGCACAGUGGCCCAGGGCUUAGAAGGGGUGGGAGAGAAGGGUGUACUGUAUUUGCCAUGCGCCUGUCAACUUGGGGCCCUAAUGCAGGUGUCAGCUACAGAAACGAAGAAAAGCGGAUUGCUCCAUUGUGCCCAGCCUCUGCUGCUGCUGCAGCCCACGGUGACCCCGCCACCCAUCGAGUGGGCGGUGAAGGGGGCGGGGUCCAUUGCCCACGCCCCCUGCAGGGCACAGCGAGAGGCAGAAGGGAGAAGGCGCCCGGCACCGCCCGGACAAAGCCUGCGCGCGCCCCGCCCCGCGAUUGGCCACCCCGCCCCUGGUCCCACCCUCCGUCGCCUGCCCCGCACGCUGCAACCAAUGUCUGCUACCGAAGCCGACUUCGUCACAGCCACGCCGGCCAAUGGAGGAGGCUGGUCCGGACUUUGCAGGCAGCGGCGGCCGGGGCGGAGCGGGAUCGAGCCCCCUCGCCGCGGCCUGCCGUCAUGGGCCCGCGCCGCCGCCGCCGCCUGCCUCCCGGGCCACGCGGGCCGUGAUUGCCAUGGCCGUAGCCCCGCGGGCGGCCAGCACGCGCCGGCGCUGGAGGCCCUGCUCGGGGCGGGCGCGCUGCGGCUGCUCGACUCCUCGCAGAUCGUCAUCAUCUCCACCGCGCCCGAUGUCGGCGCCCCGCAGGUCCCCACGGGCCCCGCCGCGCCGCCCGCUGGCCCUCGCGAUCCUGACGUGCUGCUCUUCGCAACGCCGCAGGCGCCCCGACCCGCGCCUAGUGCACCGCGCCCGGCUCUCGGCCGCCCGCCGGUGAAACGGAGGCUGGAUCUGGAAACUGACCAUCAGUACCUUGCUGGUAGCAGCGGGCCAUUCCGGGGCAGAGGCCGCCACCCAGGGAAAGGUGUGAAAUCUCCAGGGGAGAAGUCACGCUAUGAGACCUCACUAAAUCUGACCACCAAACGCUUCUUGGAGCUGCUGAGCCACUCAGCUGAUGGUGUUGUUGACUUGAACUGGGCAGCCGAGGUGCUGAAGGUGCAGAAACGGCGCAUCUAUGACAUCACCAAUGUCCUGGAGGGCAUCCAGCUCAUUGCCAAGAAGUCCAAGAAUCAUAUCCAGUGGCUAGGCAGCCGCACCAUGGUGGGGAUCGGUCAGCGGCUUGAAGGCCUGACCCAGGACCUGCAACAACUGCAGGAGAGUGAGCAGCAGCUGGAUCACCUGAUGCACAUCUGUACCACUCAGCUGCAAUUGCUUUCUGAGGACUCAGACAUCCAGCGCCUGGCCUAUGUGACCUGCCAAGAUCUCCGCAGCAUUGCAGACCCUGCAGAACAAAUGGUCAUAGUGAUCAAGGCCCCUCCUGAGACCCAACUACAAGCUGUGGAUUCUGCAGAGAAGCUGUAUUGCCUCGAAUAGGCAACCUGAGGGGCCCCAUGGAAGAAGACCGGUUGUCACCACUGGUGGCUGCUGACUCACUCCUGGAGCAUGUUAAAGAAGACUUCUCUGGGCUCCUCCCUGGGGAGU